AUGAAGUCAAUCUUUUUGAUCAUGCUGGUGAUGCUACUGACGCCAGCUGCCACAUUUGACAGUGAUAACACCAACAGGCUCGACAAAGCUGGAGCCAUUACUAAGCCAGGAUGCAAGAGCAAGUGCGGCAACUUAAUCGUGCCAUAUCCAUUUGGUAUAGGACUAGGCUCCGGUUGCUCUACAGACAACUCAUUGUCUAGUUGGUUUGAUGUUAACUGCGACACUUCUUUUGACCCUCCCAGGGCUUUCUUGGGUACUACAAAUAUUCAAAUUUAUAAAAUAUCGGAGUCUCAUAUGCACAUUGCCACUUCCAUUGUUUCCAAGUGUUACGGUCCAACUGGUGAUUUAACCGCUCUAACAUCAAUCUAUAUUGAUCUCAAAACUAGUCCAUACACUUUUUCAAAUCUAAACACUUUUACAGUAAUUGGUUGUGAUGAUCCAGCAAUGAUGGUAGGACCUGAUGAGAAGCUUUAUGGUUUCAGUUGUGUUUCCGUGUGCCCCCAAGAUAAUGCUUAUGAUUGUUCCGGAAAUGGUUGUUGUCAAAUACAAUUAUCAAAAGGUCUACAGUACUAUCGGGCUGAAUUUGAUUCAGGAAACCAUACUGAGGCUAUGUCAUUUGAUCAUUGUAGUUAUGCUUUUUUAGGUGAAAAGGCUAGUUUUAAGUUUUUUGGGGCUUCAGAUCUCUCUGAUCCCACCUUCUUGAAUAGAACAGUGGAGAGUGUUCCAAUACUACUUGACUGGGUCAUCAGAAACCAAAGCUGCAGUGAAACUCAAAAGUCGAACACUAGUAAAUGUCAGUCCAAUGCAUUCUGUGUAGAUUCAGACAGUGGUCGUGGAGGGUAUACUUGUAGUUGCAACCAGGGUUUUGAGGGUAAUCCGUAUCUAAGUCCUGGCUGCCAAGAUAUGGAUGAAUGUGCUGACCCAAACAAAAAUGUGUGCGAGGAAAUUUGCAUCAACACUCUAGGGAGUUAUAAAUGUUCUUGUCCCCAUGGAUACUACGGGGAUGGCAAGAAAAAUAGCCAAGGUUGCAUUGCCAAGACUUCAGAAUUUCCUGUAAUCAAGUUCGGUCUAGGCAUUGGAUUUGGUUUUCUGGCAAUAAUGAUGGGAACAGGUAUUUUAUAUAUCACCAUUAAAAGGAGGAAACUCAUAAAGCAGAGGGAAAGGUUCUUUCGAAAAAAUGGUGGUGUGUUACUAGCACAACAAAUGGCUUCAAGUAGCAGAGGUGUCGAGUCGUCCACAAAGAUUUUCACAGUUGAAGAAUUGGAGAAAGCUACUAAUAACUACGCUGCUGAUAAGAUUGUUGGACGUGGUGGUUUUGGCAUGGUGUACAAAGGGGUUUUGCCUGAUGAUCGCGUGGUUGCGGUCAAGAAGGCAAGGAUAGUGGAUGAGAAGCAAGUAGGGCAGUUCAUUAAUGAGGUUGUAAUUCUCUCUCAGGUGAAUCACAGACAUGUGGUGAAACUCUUAGGUUGCUGCUUGGAGAAUGAAAUUCCGCUUUUAGUGUAUGAAUUUGUACCGAAUGGUACCUUAUUCCACCACAUUCAUAAUAAUAGAGGACUCGAGUGGCUAUCACUUGAAAAUCGUCUGAGAAUAGCCACAGAAUCUGCGGGUGCACUUGCAUACCUUCACGGUGCAGCUUCCAUUCCUGUUAUCCACAGAGAUGUGAAGUCUACCAACAUUUUGUUGGAUGAAAAUUAUGUCUCAAAGAUUUCAGAUUUUGGAGCUUCAAGGCUAGUACCCAUAGACCAAACACAAGUCACGACGUUAGUUCAGGGGACACUAGGCUACCUGGAUCCUGAGUACCUACAUACAAGUAGGUUGACACCUAAAAGCGAUGUUUAUAGCUUUGGUGUGGUUCUUGCUGAGCUUCUAACCGGGAGAAUGCCGCUUUUAUUGGAAAGUGAAGAGGACAAAACCCUAGCCACCCAAUUUGUGAUGGCAGCUCAAGAAAAUCAGUUGUUUCACAUUCUUGAGCCACGAGUCAUGAGGGAAGGGAGCUCAGAACAGCUAAAAGCAGCUGGCGAACUUGUGAGGCGAUGUCUUAGCUUGAAUGGGGAGAAAAGGCCUACAAUGUAUGAAGUGGCAGUUGAACUAGAAGUUAUAAGAAAUAAUGGCAAAUAAUCUUGCAUGUCCUGAUAAAAAUCGAUGAAAAAAAGAUCCUGAUGA